AAUUCUCCCUUAUGUACGCGUUCUCCUUCGGCUGUUCACGAAGUCAUGAUAUUGCAAGCGGUAAUAAUACCCGAUUCUUGCCUAUAAUCCCACCUUUUUGAUCUUCAUUAGGCAACCAUCAUGGAUGGCAACAUGGAUGUUCUUUCCUUCAGUUUGUCAUGUGACCACUGUGAGUUCCGCACCAAGAGUAUGUCUAUCAUGAGGGAUCACGCUCAGAGACAUUCGGCUGAACAGCACGACCAACGCCCAGGGGAUGACAUAGGAAUGAGCAACCAUGUUGCAAGUGAUGACCAUGCUGCCCUCCAAGCUCUUGUUGACUCUGCCCUUAACGAUGCCUCUCGACUCCUCCUCUCGUCUCCUGAAAACACCCACCACCACCAUCAUCAUCACCACCUUCAAGACCCAAGCAGCACUUCCAACCAGAACUCUGUAGAGGAAGCCUGCAGGACAGGUGGUCACGUUGAUGCUCCAGGCAUAGGACACCAGGGCAGAAAAACAGAGCGGGUGGUCACACCAAGGGCCAGUGCUCUGGCUGCAGAGGACCUUCUUGGGAUAUAUGCUGCGGGAAUUGAUCUCAGCGUUGUGGGGCAAGGGGUUGGGGAUGGUCAGUUUGAAGUAGGAUGCAGUCAAGAAUCACAGGCUGUGAUGUCCACAGCGAUAGAAGACAGUGCAGACAUAAGUACCAGGAUUGGUGUUGAUCAGGAUUGUGCUGGCUCAAGGAUUCAUCCAAGAACAGAAGACAGUGGAUAUAUUGAUACUGGUGGUGAGAGUGAACAACAAUUUAGGAAAUCUUCUGGUAAUUAUUCUACGGCUAAUGGUCCUAAUAAUUACAGGAGACACGAUUCGGUCCAGGAAAAAGAAAGGAUCAGUUGUGCUGUUGAUGCAACCACAAAGACUUAUACAUCUCAAAGUAGAGAUACAAAUCAUUUCGAGAAGCCAGGAAAAACACAGAUGUUGAGAGGGAAGAAAAGCAACCGACCACUUUUUCAUUUUGUUAUCCAUCCGUCAGCAUUCAGUAAGACUCAACCAGCAGAGGACGAGAUGCCACAAUCGUCAUCUUCAUCAAAAGAAAGGUUUACCCAUAAUGAGGUCGAUCCUAGAGAAGCGUAUGUUCAUGAAUCCUCAACAAUGGACAAUGUCUUUGAAAAUGAUUUAGACAAAGCAGAUGGAGCAACAAAAGCAGUAAGAACUCAAGAACAUAGGUCAGAUGCUGAAUCUGAGAAUGAAGGAACCACCAAUUCAGGUUCUGGGUUUGGAAGACGUAGAAGGCGAAAGUUAGUCCCUCCUUUGAAAAUUGUUGUGCCGCAGAGCAAGGAGAACCCAUCAUCAAAACAAAGCAGACAAAAAGUUUGUAGGUUCCGAGGGAGGACUAAGGCUAGUUUGGAGAAGCCAAAGUACACAUGCCCAGAGUGUAAUUUGCUGUUUAAGCUCAUGAAAGAUUUGAAAGUUCAUGUUAAACUUGUUCAUACAAAGAGUGGGAAGGAUUCGGAGUUAAAGAGAGCCCACCCGAAAAAGAAUAAACUGAAACUUUGCGGUGAAACUGUUGAUAAGGGAAAGCCACUUCCUCGAAGAAGUUUGAGACAAAAUGUCUUGGAUUCUUGCAAAUCACAACAAAAAGUGAGCCUAUCCAAACCAAGAAGAAGACUUUUGAAAAAAGAGGAUGAUCAAAGGAAAAAUGUUUCUAGAUGUAAGAGAAAACCUUCUUGGAAUAAACUGCCUUCAGAGGAUGAAUUGGAAGAGCAAAAAGAAAAUGAGGAUGAGGAUUGGGUACCAGAGGCAGCAGAGAUGAGCUCUAGUGAUGGUGAAGGAAUUGAUAGCGGGAGGGAGGUGGAUGGUAAUGAUGAUGUGUUUGAUGUUUCUCAGAUCACUUCCAAAGACUGUUCUGCAAUAGAGCUCCAUAAGCCAGAUGAGCAUAUGACUAGCUUGCCGAACUCGAAGGGAUUCCGCUGCAACUAUUGCAGCUACACUUGCCAAAGUCGAAAAACUCUUGCUUCUCAUAUUGAUCAUUUGCAUAGUGACAAAUCAACACAGAAAACCAAAGAGCCUAAAACCAAAGGGAAGAAGAAGGACUUGGACACCAAUCGGGUGUAUCGCUGUAGUAUCUGUAAUUUCAGUUGCCAUUCUAGCCAUCUUUUGAACAGCCACAUGAAGAGUGCACAUAACUUUGAAAAGAUGUCCGGAGAGUUUACCUGUGGCGUGUGUGGCAAGGUCAUCGUUGGUCGCUUCUCGCACUUUCGCCGCCACCUCCGUUGUCAUUCGGAAGAGCGCCCCUACAAGUGCGACCAGUGCCCUUUGGCCUUCCGUGAUGCCAAUAGCCUGAACUGCCACCUGCCGAUCCACAAGGAAGAACGGGAUUACCUCUGCGAGGAUUGUGGCAUGGCCUUCAAGCGUCCCAUCAACCUGAGGAUGCACCGUAAGGUCCACAGCGACAAGAUGUUCAGCUGCGAUGAAUGUGAUUACAAGUGCCGCAGACGGAACACUCUGCAAAAUCAUAAGAAGCGGAAGCACCUCAAGCAGAAGUCAGUCUUGUGUCAGCACUGUGGACAUCGCUUCUUCUCCAAGACGGAGUGUAAGAACCAUGUCUUGAAGAAGCAUACUCAGCGGCCUACGCCUUUUGCCUGUCCCAUCUGUCCUGCAGUAUUCAUGUUCCAGUACCGGUUCAAAGCCCACCUGAAGACACACCCGGAGAUCAAACCUUACAAGUGUCACUACUGUGGCUUUGAAACCAGACUCAAUACCUACCUCAUGGAUCAUAUGAGACAACAUACAGGAGAAAAACCAAAGAAAUGUAACCUCUGUGACUAUGAGACCUCUACCAACAGCAACCUCUACAAGCAUAAGAAGCGUCACCACGGCCCCGGGGCCCAAAGGGUCAGCUCCAGAACUCGCAAGCCACGUUCAAACAAAAACGAUCCCAAGGAUGGGAACCUGAUGGCAGUGAGCGAAGAGCAGAAGCAGAGAACAGAGAAGAGCGUUGUUGAGGAUAUCGUGAAUGCUGUGGAGUUCGGCCAGAUGGCCUCGCAGGUUAACCUGACAGCAGGGGGCCAGGUGGCAGCGGCAAUGUACAAUAUGGCAACCAUGUGCAGUACUCAGGAAUUCAAGCAGGAGCAACUGAUGCAAGUAUCUACUGAUGUUCAUCAAGGUCCUUCAAUACUUCCCGACGAGGUCAUCAGUUCCGUCUCAGACCCCAGCCACGACGUGGAGCGUCUCUCGAUCACGAACCUCGACAAAGCGGCGACUUCCUCCGUCGCAGCCAUGAUGGAGGCACUGGCCGACGCCCGUAACAUGCGCCCUCCUCAGCUCCACCAACCCAACCACCAGACCCUCCUAUCACACCCCAGCGGCUACCCCAUCCACCUCACGAGAGUCACCACGCCCCAACCGAGCACUCUUCCCGCUUCCACAAGUGCCACAACGAUAUUCCCACGGUCCGUCGCGACAAAUAUGACAAUGCAUUACGUUCACCCAAACAUUGGGCCAAUCGGAGGAGGGGGUGGGUACCACCACCUGUCAACCCUAGCAGGGGAAGCGGCCAACCGAUCGCCCAUCACAUCGCACAGCCAGCCGAUGCCUCAUAAUGUCACAGUACCGCCCCCUCUGAUUGGUGUAGGGCAGGGCCAGACCACGCCCCAACCUCUCACUCAUUUCUCAAACAUUAUGCAUUAUUGAUUUACUAUGUCAGAGUUACCCUAUCUCUCCCUCAUUUAAAUCGAAUUCAAAUCCCUUGAACAAAAGUAGAUUAAAAUAAAGACAUGAAGAGAGACAACUCAAACAUGCAUAACACUGAAAAAGUCAUCGAUAUUGAUGUAAAAUUAGAACAUUAUGAUGUAAAUUUGUUAUAUUUGUUUAUUAAAAAAAACAGUGAUAUACACAUCGUGGGUUGUACACAAAUGAGGGAGCUGAUUAUGAUACGUACUCACUAUAACUGUUAGCAUCAAUAGUACUACAAAAUUCCACCUAAGAAAUUACCCAAUUGCACCUUUGACAUGCAUUAAAUUGUAUCCAUACCAGUAUAUACCUCUAGGUACUUUGACUUGGUGGUUUUAAAACUUGUUUCCAGGUGCCUGUACCAAGAAGAGUUUUGUUUGAAAUGCUUUUUUAAAACAAUUGAAUACAAGUUCCAAAUUCAUGCUAUUGAUUGGUCAAAAUCAAAAUUAAAGGUCAAGUCCACCCCAGGAAAAUGCUGAUCUGAAUAAAUAGAGAAAAAUCAAACUAGCAUAGUGCUGAAAAUUUCAUCAAAAUCGGAUGUAAAAUAAGAAAGUUAUGACAUUUUAAAUUUUCGCUUAUUUUUCACAAACAGUGAUAUGCACAACUCAUUGGCAUGCAAAUUAGACAGUCGAUGAUGUCUCUCACUCACUAUUUCUUUUGUUUUUAUUGUUUGAAUUAUACAAUAUUUCAUUUUUUAUAGAUUUGACAAUAAAGACCAACUUGACUGACCAUAUAUUAUUAAACAAUAUAAAUUCCACAUGUUUAGGGAGGAAUUAAUUGUAUCACUUGACAAUGAGGAGAAAAUUAGAAUAUUUUAUAUUAAUAUAAUAAAAUACAAAAGAAAUAGUGGAUGAUGUCAUCACUCACCUCAUUUGCAUGCCAACCAGGAUGUGCAUACAACUGUUUUGUGAAAUU